AUGGGUAUUAACAUCAAGGGUAUAGGCCAUGUGGGUAUCCUGGUUUCCGACUUCGAGCGUUCCUUCAAGUUUUACACCGAGGUAUUGGGCCUCCAGGUAACCAAUCACCGGAAGCGUCCCGACGGCAGUGAGACUGCUUUCCUCAGGUUCGACGAGACACACCAUGAUGUAGUUAUCGCCGCUGCGCCUGCAGGAGUAGACGUCUCUGAUGCAAUCCCCGCCAACGCCCGGUUGGUGCAGCAAAUAGCAUUCCAGGUAGAGGACCGGGACGAGUUUAUGAGGGCCCUCGCCCACCUGCACACCAAGGGUGUCAAGAUCCUUAACGGGCCCACCACUCACGGCAUCGAGAGCGACAAUAACAUUUACGGCAGCGGAAGCCGGUCCUUCUACUUCAGUGACCCCGACGGCAACAGGCUGGAGAUAUUCACUGACGGUAUGAAGGUAAGGAAUGGCGAGCGAUUCCCCAGCCCGGACUAUCAGGAAGCUCUGGAAGACUUCAUGAAGACCCAGCGGGGAGUGGGCGUCUAG